AUGUGUCGCGACGCCCUCAGUGCCCCUAUAUGGUCAUCUGAACUCGGCCCCGUAGCGCCCUCCUUAUACGUAGUAACGUGCACAUCUGGCAUUCGCACGCUAAUGCCAAUCGGAAAACGUCCCACUGACCAGAUACUUCGAACGGAGUGCAACGCGCUGCGAACGACUGUCGCUAAGCAGGAUGCGCCUCUGGCGUUAGGAUUCAACGCGGCACGGUCCUUCCGCCGUUCCGAAUUGAGCGCGCGUAGAACCAUGUCGAGCAACGGG